AUGCGCCGCAUUUGCCGGGGGACAAUUCCCGCGCAAUCAUUCACCAAGACUACCCAGAGCGGCCUGCUGCUCGGACGGAAUAGUGUGGCUCAUAUUUCACUGCCGACGCGCAGGCGCAGUCAGAAGAGUGUGUUGUAUCGGUCUUCGCAUACCACAGCCAAUGCGCCCCCACCAACUGCACCUCUACCAAUAACCUCACCUUCACCUUCGCCAGCAAGGGAGAUAUACCAUCCAGAGGCCGACGUUGAGGAUCUGGAAGAUUACGUGCCUGGUGGAUACCACCCAACAACCAUCGGGGACACGUUUCGCGAUGGGCAGUAUACCAUCGUGCACAAGCUGGGGUUCGGCGGUUACUCGACCGUCUGGCUCGCGCGCGACCAGCGCCUCGAGCGCUAUGUGUCGUUAAAGAUCCUGGCUGCAAGCGCAUCAACUACCAGCAAUGAAGGGGCCACCGUGCUUGUCCUCUAA